AUGGAGGAGAGCUACGUCGAGGGAAACCUCGGCCCCGUCUUCAACAACGCCGAGCCGCUGUCCCUUCCCAUCGUAGCGCGUAUUCUUCAUGAGAAGCGCAUCGGCGCUGAGGAGACAGACAAGAUCAAAGGCGUGCUAAUCCAGUCCUGCUGUGAGGCAGUAGAUAUCCUGCAGGAAGACUGCGCCCCGGAGAGUGUAGUGAGCAGCCUGCACUUGAAGCGACUGCGACUGCGCGCCUAUGGCGGCGGCUAUGCGAACACACACUUGGCGGGACUUCAGGUUGACGGAAAUGGCUACGCAGUGCUGCCGCCGGAGGGCACGGCGUUGCCCACCGCUGCCCUUUCAGCUGGGUCUCGCACGGAGCGCAUGAAGCCCUUUGAGAUUAUCGCUCUCACGACGCUGCGACCCACCACGACGAGGGAGGCGGUGGAGCUGAUCCCGUCGUUGUACCGCUUUGAGGAUGCGGAGCUGGAUGACAUCCUGGGCAUGCUGUCUUACUGA